UUUAAAAAUGGUUAUUUACGAUCUUUUAAUUUUCAUGGAAAUUUAUUCUAUUACAGCAGAUGCAAAACGAGCCUGUUUCCAGGGCUGGAACUUUUACAAAGAUCGAUGUUUCAAGGCGUUUAGAGAAGCCAGACCAUGGGAAGAGUCACGUGACCAGUGUCGUCUGUUUCCGCACGGAGACUUGGCUAGCUUCACCAGUGCAGACGAUCAGCAUGCUGUUCAGAGUGAGGUUAUUCGGGACACAUCGGAAUCCUACUGGAUAGGACUGCAUUCCAAUGGAUCAUCCUGGAUAUGGACCACAGGAGAGGACAUCACUGCUUUCUCGAGCUUCCCAGACGGCGCACAGCAACAGAUAGAAUCAGGAAACAACACGUAUCAUCUGUGUGUUGAACUUAGGAAUAACCUGUGGACUGGCAUUUCCUGUGACGUCGGCUGUUUCUAUAUUUGUCAGUCGACGACUAUUAACUGUCAGCAUGACUUAGGGUGGAUGACCACCGUUUCCAAGCAUUGUAUCAAAGCGAUGACGUCAUUAUCCGGAUGGUACGAGGGGCGGGAUAUUUGUAGGUCCCAUGGCGCGGAUCUAGCUCGGUUCCACACCAAAGCAGAACUAGACUACCUUCAACAGAAUUCUAGUGUUUCAAAAAAUCUGUAUUGGGUAGACCUUGGCUUAUCCGGAUCAAACUGUAGAGGACUCAAUGUCACCCAAAACCACGUGGUGCCGUUCCUUGCAAGCUGCAACGUUCAACACGUGCUGAUGUGUGAAAUAAGUUCGUGUGCGUCUCGCGAGGGUGAAUACGGAUGUAACAGUUUGUUCUGUAUAUCACGGACUCUGCUGUGUGACGGACACCCAGAUUGUCCAAACGGAAGUGACGAAACACCCUCAUUAUGUGAUAAAUACACAACCAGUGCAUAUGCACCGGAAACAGUUACACAGGAAGCCAUAUUUGAUUUCACUUCUUCUUUCGGCAACAGUACAUGUCUUGCUCCCAUGGAUGAAACAAAGCUUGCCAUUCUUCAGUGCCAGAAAGUUGUUGUAGGCGUAGCAAGAAAACAGUGUUACCGAGAUAUUGCUGGGUUGUUGGAUGGACGCUUGGGGAUAGUAGAGGAGGUAGUCGGCGCCUUACAUCCUCAGGAACGCGUGAAGGGUUAUUUAGAUAUCUAUGACGCUCUUUUGUCCAUUGAAGCAGGAAGUGAUCAUUUUGUAAACGUGAACCAUAUAAUGAAUAUUUCAACCGUCCUUGAAAAUGAGGAAAGAUACUUGUCAUCUAGGCGCUUUUAUGACGAUGUAUAUGUAGAAGAGAGGGAAAAUAUAGUGUUGCGAAUCGAGAGGAACGUGUGGAAGAAGGAAUCGAAUUCCAGCCUUGUAGGGGACUACUCUAUGCAGUUCUUAAACGACCACAUGGGAAAACCGCGAGUAGAUGGACACUUUCAUAUUCCGAGUCUUCCCCAAGCAAACGUAACUAUGGUAAUGCUGCUUUUUGACAGACACAUGAAGGGGCACCGGACUACUGGAAAUACGUCCGACGGAGUAAUCAGGAUAAGCCCUGUGCUCUCGUUGUCUGCCUUUAAAGGAGAGGUUUCCCUGAGUCUGGAACACUCAUUCACACUGCGCCAUUACCCAUCAGUCGCUGAGACUAUUAACGGAAAUGAUGGAACCAAAGAAAGAGGAAUCGAGUGCGGGUAUUUAGAUCAACAAACCAGGUUGUGGUCCUAUGAAGGUUGUUUUGUGCUCCACACUUCCCUUUUGAAUACGACGUGCUUCUGUAACCACACUACAAAUUUUGCUAUUCUGAUGCAGGUCAAAGAGUUUGAGAUUCCCAGUAGUCACAGUAUGGCCCUCAAUAUUGUCACCUAUAUCGGAUAUACCGUCUCUUUAAUCACCCAGCUUUUAGCCAUCAGCGUUUUCUCUUGCCUACCAUCGUUGAACUCGGAGAGAACAUGUGUGCACAGGAACCUUUGUUGUGCCAUAACUGCAGCACAGCUGCUCUUUUUGACUGGUAUUAAAGCAGUUCAGAUAAAGUUUAUUUGUUCUGUUGUGGCACUUCUACUGCACUAUUUCUACUCUGCUGUUUUUGUGUGGAUGUUGGUUGAGGGACUUCUGCUGUACAGUAAAGUGGUGCAAGUGUUCGGCAGUGAAAAGUCCAGAAUAGCUUACUAUUAUGCAUUUGGAUGGGGAGUCCCUUUAAUCAUUGUUGUUAUAUCGGCUACAUCUAACUGGAGCGGAUAUGGAACAGAAAAUAGUUGCUGGUUGUCUAUGGCUAACGGUGCUGUCUGGGCGUUCGUCGGUCCCGCUGUGUCUGUCAUCAUCGUGAACAUGGUGAUCCUAUGGUUGGUAGUUCGAAUUGUAAUCAAUCUGGAGAGAUGUGACGAAUACAGACAAAUAAGAUCUGGUCUGAAGAGUGCUAUUUUCUUACUUCCACUGUUGGGCCUUACCUGGAUAUUUGGUCUCCUGGCUGUAAAUAAAGACACAGUCAUUUUUCAGUAUAUUUUUGCUUUCCUUAACUCAUUACAGGGUUUCUUCAUAUUUUUAUUCCACUGUGUCUGCAACUCAGAGGUCCGACAAGCUGUAAAACGAAUGCGAGAGAGACGAGUUUUAUCCAAACAAGAAUUUUUAAACGCUUCAGAAACACAAAAUCAAAGUGGUGGGGCAUGUUCCCUCAAAAAUGACCGGAUGCUAGGAAAACCAAAUGGUGAUACAUUAAGGAACGUUUAUCCACCGUUACACAUGACGUCGUCGACAUGCAUCAGCAGUAAUGGAAACGUCUUAUUUGACAACUUGAAGCUUGAAGAUGUGACUAGAGAGAAUGACCUUGUAUUUAUUUGACUUACUCCAAGAAUUGGUAUAAUUGUACAAUUAACAUUAAAGGACAUACAUAACUGUUAUGUGAUUCACUGAGAAAUUCAGUAAACUUUGUGUCAGUUUUCAAUGAUGUUGUAUAUUACUUGACGAAACUACAUACGGUAGUUUGGGAAACCACCAUUUUGUGACGUACGUCAUAUCGAAAUAAACUUAAAAUCAAUUGAAAUUUUACAUUUUUUUCUUUGAAAAUAUUGAUAUAUAGCAGCGAAGCGCAAUGGAUUAGAGGUACUUAUUCGAAGUUAUAAGUCAUGAGUUUGUAUUCUG